AUGAGGAAUCUUGUGAGUGGGACUCUCCUGGUGGUGAUACUAAUGGCGGUUGUAGGAAUAUCCGAGGGUCGAAGAUCAGUCAAACUUGGCGAGCUUCAUGGCACUGAAGGUGUGACUCCUGGUUAUGGAAGCUAUGGUAACGGAAGUGAAGGUGGUGAUGUUAGUAGCUAUGGAAGUGGGCAAGGAGGAGGAAGCGGAGAAGGUUACGCUGGAGGGGGAAAUGGAGGAGGAGGAGGAGGCUGUGGAAGUGGAGAAGGAAAUGGAGGAGGUUACGGCGCCGGAGGUGGAGGAGGAGAAGGAGAAGGAGAAGGUUGUGGAAGCGGAGGCGGGUAUGCCGGAGGAGGAGGAGGUUGUGGAAAUGGAGAAGGAAGUGGAGGAGGUUACAGCGGAGGGGGCAGAGGAGAAGGAUCAGGCUGUGGAAGUGGAGGAGGAUACGCCGGAGGGGGAGAAGGCUGUGGAAGCGGAGAAGGAAGUGGAGGAGGUUACACCGGAGGGGGCGGAGGAGAAGGAAGUGGAGGAGGUUACGCGGGAGGGAAUGGAAGAGAAGGAGGAGGUUGUGAUGGAAGCGGAGGGGGCUAUGGCGGAGGAUGUGGAAGUGGAGGAGGUUAUGAGGGAGGAGGAGAUGAAGGAGGAAAAGGUUGUGGUAGUGGUUGUGAAGGAGGUUACGCCGGAGGAGAAGGUUGUGACUGCGGAGGAGGAAAUGGAGGAGGUUACGCAGGCGGUGGCGAUGAAGGAGGAAAUGGAGGAGGUUACGAGGGAGGAUCAGAUGGAAGCUAUGGAGGUGAACCUAGUGGUGGCGACAAUGGCGGAUGUAGUGACAAUGGGGACAAUGGAGGUAGCGGGGGCUUAAGUAUAGGUAUAAGUAUCGGCGGGAUAGGCUCCAGUGGCGGAAACGGUGGAAACAACUGCACCAGUGGCAGCGGCGCCGUUGAGACAGGCGGGAACCAUGGUAACAAAUAUGCAAGUGCCAGUGGUGGCGGGGAUAAUAAUGUUACUGCUGGAUCAGUUGGUGGUAAAUCUUGA